CUGGGAGCCCCGCUCUCCCCAUAACCUCCAGCAGCGCAACAUGACGGGCAACUCGUGAGGCCGAGCCGUAACUUCCCACAAACGCCCCCACCUCCCCCGCUUUGUACUGAGGGAAAGUUCAGGCGCAUUUGUGCCUCCUCAGCGGAAAGUGCCAUUAGUGGGACUGAGUGAGUGCGACGCUAUGGGCACGAGGAGCCGCCGCCGCGCAUCUCUGGCCUGAGCCCUGACACUUCUCUGGCCUGAGCCCUGACACUUCUCUGGCCUGAGCCCUGACACUUCGGGAAGGGGAGCGGGAGGUCCCGGCUGGAUGCGGCGCUGUGAGUGUCGAGGAGGAGGCCGGGAGAGAGUGGGCAGUCACACGGGUGUAUGGAGUGACAGCGUUUACUGUGUAAAGCCUAAAGACAUCGUCGAGUGAUUGAGCUGCGCGGAGCGUGUCCCUGUGUGAGUGAGUCAGUGAGUGAGUUAGUGCUGCUGUUGCCGCCGCCGGGAGCUAUGGAGACCGUGAGCCGCAGCAGUUUCCAGCCCCACGCCGGGCUCCAGAAGACCCUGGAACAGUUUCACCUGAGCUCUAUGAGUUCUCUGGGCGGUCCGGCCGCCUUCUCCGCCCGCUGGACUCAGGACUUGUACAAGAAGGAGUGCGGCAAGGAGCCCCCGGAGCCCAUACUCCACCUGCCCAGCCAGCCGCCUCCGGUCAUCCCCGGGGGUCCCCUAUUUAUGCCGUCGGACCGUUCCACUGAGAGGUGUGAGACUAUUCUGGAGGGGGAGACCAUCUCUUGCUUUGUGGUGGGGGGCGAGAAGCGACUGUGUCUCCCUCAGAUCCUCAACUCGGUGCUGCGGGAUUUCAGCCUUCAGCAGAUCAACGCCGUGUGCGACGAGUUGCACGUGUAUUGCUCCCGCUGCACGGCCGACCAGCUGGAGAUCCUGAAGGUGAUGGGGAUCCUGCCCUUCUCCGCGCCCUCCUGUGGCCUCAUCACCAAGACGGACGCCGAGCGCCUGUGCAACGCCCUGAUGUACGGGGGGAGCUACCCGCCCCGCUGCGCCAAGAAGAGCGACUUCCCGCCGGGACCUUUAGAGCUGGAGCUGACCGAGGGCAGUUUCAAGGUGUAUCACGAGUGCUUCGGAAAGUGUCGGGGCCUGUUCGUGCCCGAGCUGUACGGACACCCCAGCGCCCCCUGUAUCCAGUGCUUGGACUGUCGCCUCAUGUACCCGCCGCACAAGUUCGUGGUGCACUCGCAUAAGGCGCUGGAGAACCGGACUUGCCACUGGGGCUUCGACUCGGCCAACUGGAGGGCCUACAUCUUACUGGCCCGGGAUGGGGUCGGGGGAGACGAUGAGCUGGCCAGGCUGGGUCGGCUGCUGGAGGAGAUCAAGGAGAAGUUCGACUACAGCAACAAGUACAAGAGGAAAGCAGCCAGGCUUUCCUCUGAGCCUGUUGCGAAAAAAGCCAAGGCUGAUGACUCCAUCAUCCAUUCCCCUAGUUCUGCUGAAAAAGACAAGUCAUCCAGUUGGCUACGAAACCUGUCCAACAUCAACAAGAAUGCAGGAUAUGUCCAUCCACGUCAACGUCUGUCUGCUUUCCGGCCCUGGUCCCCCGCCAUUUCAGCAAACGACAAAGAGUUGUCUACUCACCUUCCAGCUCUGAUUAGAGACAGCUUUUAUAAUUACAAGAGCUUUGAAAAUCUGGUUGCCCCAAAUGUUGCCCUGACACCUCCUGUUCAACAAAAAGUGAUUACAAGCCCCCCGUGUGUACCAGCGGUACCCAGAAGCACUCAGUCAUCGGGCAGUCCGCCCCAGUCCAGGAAACGGAGGCCUACUGCAGAACUGCCCAUAGUUCCAGAGGCACCAGCACCACCAGUACCAAUCAGGGAAGAAGAGAAGGAGUCAGAAACAGAAAUUGAAGUCGAAAGCAGAGAAGAAUGUACGUUUACCUCUUCCUUGUCUUCACUCUCAUCUCCCUCCUUUACAUCGUCAAGUUCAGCCAAGGAAUUAAGCUCCCCGGGCAUGCUAGCACCAACUGUGAUCAACACAUCGUAUGAGGUAGCUUCUCACAAUGAUCAACAUUGCAGUGGACUGGAAGCUGAACUGGAGCACCUGAAGCAAGCCCUGGACAGUGGUCUAGAUUCUAAGGAAGCCAAAGAGAAAUUCCUCCACGAAGUUGUAAAAAUGCGAGUGAAACAAGAAGAGAAACUCAAUGCUGCUUUGCAGGCCAAGAGAAGUCUUCAGCAGGAGUUGGAGUUCCUGCGAGUUGCUAAAAAAGAGAAGUUAAGAGAGGCAACUGAGGCAAAGCGCAACUUGAGGAAAGAGAUUGAGCGUUUGAGAGCAGAGCAUGAAAAGAAAAUGAAAGAAGCGAAUGAAUCUCGGUUACGUCUGAAAAGAGAGCUGGAGCAAGCCAGACAGAUUCGGGUGUGUGACAAAGGCUGUGAAGCUGGCAGGAUACGGGUCAAAUACUCUGCCCAGAUUGAGGAGCUGCAGUCUAAGCUUCAGCAUGCAGAAAAUGAUAGAGAACAGCUACGGACAGAUCUAGUACAUGAACGAGAAGCCAGAGAACACUUGGAAAAAGUGGUGAAAGACCUCCAGGAACAGCUCUGGUCAAAGACCAGCCAUCUUCCCAGCAGUGAACACACAAGGAAAGACAUUGAAAACUAAUUCAAAACUUUAAGAAAAUAAAUACCUUAUCUAUUCAUAUACAGAAUUCUACGUAUAUGCACAGGAAGAGGAGGAGAAUGCGCGAUGUAUGCAUGAAUAGGUGCAUGUGUGAGUGUAUGGAGCGGGUGCCUUGGGGCACGCUACAAAAAACUACUUUCUUACUAAUCAGAGGGAAAAUGUUACUCUAUACAACAGAAGCACUGAACUAUGCCUCUUUUAAAUCUACACAGCACAACAUCUUACUGUGCCUCAGAGUGUUUAUAUAGAGUCCUUUUGGCUCUCCAGUGAAAACAUUUUUUUUUUUUUACAAGUCAACUAUAAGAGAACAACCGCAUCCAGCAAAGCUAAAGCACGCAAACCUUGGGCAGUCCUUUUACACUGUUCUGUUGCUUGCUUGGGACACUUUGGGAUUUACAUUUUCUUAUAAGCUAUUUAAUAUAAAAAUAUAUAUUAAUGAUGAGGACCUUCUAAAGACUGUGUAUUGAAAAUAUAAUAAAAAAACAAAAAACAAAAACCUAUCGGACAAGAUUUUGUAUAAUGGACUUGAAAACCUUGAUGCACAAUUUUAUCUGACUUGUUACAAGCUUUGGGGUUUCUUAUAGAAAUACCCUGUACUCCUUAUUCCCCAGACCCUGAGUCUCCAUACUAUUCAAGUCGACUGUGCAAUGUACUCAUAGCAAGCAAGCCAUCAAUUCCCUGUCAUUUAUAGACUUUUCUGUUUUCUGCAGUGAUUUGUUUUUCCAUCAAACAAAAAUAUUCUGGAUA